AACAUUAAUAGAAUAUACUUCAAGAUGCCUCCUAGAGAAAGAAAGAAUAAGGAAGACCGUCCUUAUAAAUGUACCAUGUGUGAUAAAGCAUUUCAUCGUUUGGAACAUCAAACAAGACAUAUAAGAACCCAUACUGGGGAAAAGCCCCAUCCAUGUACAUUUCCAGGAUGUAGUAAAAGAUUUAGUAGAAGUGAUGAAUUGACGAGACAUUUAAGAAUACAUAAUAAUCCAACUUCAAGAAAGAGAAAGAAUAAAAAUAUAAAUCAAUUUGAAGAAAGUAAUAAUCAACAACCACAUCCUCAAGCUAAUCAAAUUUAUACUUCAUUACCAGCUGCCACCACCGCUAUACCAGUUACCAUUGAUAGUAAUGGUAAUCAUAUAUACCAUCAAGCAUAUCCAGUUUAUUUUAUUCAACAAUCAGAUAAUUCGAAUCAACCCAGUCAAACAAUAGCAGCACCAACACCAACCCCGGUACAAUCAUCAACCUCAGCACCGGUACCAAUGCAAGCCACGGUGGGACCACAAGCAAUUCCACAACCAAUCCCCCAACAAGCUGGCCAUGCAAUAUUCUCAAUGCCAUCAUCCCCAACCAAUUAUAGUAGCUAUCAAUUUAAUAAACCUAAUCCACCAACCAGAACCGUUUCAAGUGAAGACAAUAUUAAAUUACCAAGUAUAAUGAAGAGUGAAAGUAAUUCAUCAAUAGCUACAUCCAAUCAUCUUUUCAGUCAUAAUGGAACCAUCUCAACUGCCAAUCUGGCCAGUGGUUCCUUAAGCACUAGUCCAGAAAACCAUCAUGAUAUUAACUCCAUGAAUAGUUUUAAUAAUUUAAAUGAGUAUUUCCAUCAUCAUCAACAACAAAAUUAUAAUAAAAAUAAGAUGUUUAAUGCAAAUCUGUCACUGUCAUUGGUUUCAUUGAAAAAUCUGACUAGUUCAAAUAAUUUAACUAGUUUAAAUAGUUUUUCAUCAUUACACAGAAUGACUCCAAUCAAACCCACCAAUCAAAGACCAAACGUGCAAUCUUAUCCAAACACUCCAGGAAAUACUACUUCAUCAAAUGGAUACUUUAGUAUACCAAAACAAAAAUCAUCAACCUCGCUUAACUUGGAAUUUUACCAACCACAACAGAAAAAAUCAAGACCAAAUAGUCCUCUGCAAAUUUAUACCAUCAUGAAUAAUAAUUCUAAUUCAAACAAUUCAAUUAUUAAUAAUGUGAAUACCAAUAAAAAGCCAGGUUUUAUAAUAUCGCCAAAUGAAACCCCAUUACAAACCCCAAGUCAAUCUCCUCAUUUACAGCCUUCUAAUGGAUCAAAUAUUCAACCAAUCACUUUAAUUCCGGAAAAAUCAAUUGAUAAAAAUGUCGAUCAUGAAAAUAUUGUUAUUGAUGAUAAAAGAGAUGAAUCAAGUAUUGCUUUUAGUGGGACUCAAUUACCUCCGAUUAGAAGUGUUUUCAGUUUUAAUUCUUUAAGAAAUAUAACUACCGAGUAAUCUAG